GGAAGUGGAGCAGAGAUCUCAUGUUAGGCAUCGAGUAGAUAAGGGGACCUGCCGCAGCCGUGUGAGUUCACUAUUUCAAGAUUGCCUGGGGUGGCACCAUGUCGAGCUUUAUUCAUUUAAUUGUAGUCUUCAGUGCUUUUUAUCUGCUCUCUUUGGCUUCUUCAAGAGCGGUUGAUACACGCGUCAGUCCACCGAAACAUAAUGAUCCACCGGGCUACUCGGAUACAGCGGUAGAGAAUCCAAUAGAAUCUCCUACAACUGAUGGUUUGGGAAAUAGAGAUCAAGGUCCACCUGGUUGGGGGAACAGUGUCGCCCGAGGCCCAGAAGGGUUUGGAGGAACAAACGAUCCUUUCGACAAAUUAGCACCUCCUGGGUGGAAAGGGAAGGAAACCUUCCAGCCAGGAGACAAAGACACCGACCCGGCGGCUCAAGAAACCUCUGGACCUCCUGGUUACCACGCUACCGAAGACGUUCUCGAACAGAAUAGGUUACCCGAGGGGCCAGCAUUUGGGAAUGAGGCGACAGGAUUAGGUAGAGGAGCAGCCGGGCCACCCGCGCCUAAUGUAGCUUCUGGGUCCCCAGGUUUUUCAUCACCUCAGCCUGGCCCACCCGGUCCAAACCCACUUUCUGACAACAGUCCUCCGGGGACACCGGCACAACAUGAUUCAGGGAACCCUGGACCGCAGAGCCGCAGCGCCAAUGAUCAGAUGGCCGCACAGUAUUUCCGUGCGCCGAAAAGGCCGUUGGGAAUCCGUGAACCAGAUACCAAUCUCACGAUAGAUCAAAUUAUCACACAGGUCAUGGGAGGGCCAGAAGCCAUCCGAACGAGCAGUAUGGUGGGCCCGAAUGGAACAAUCCUGGCAGAACUCGACAUGAGGCUGACCAUUGACCAGUACCUGACUCUCUACGAACAGGAGGGGGAAGAGCACUACCAGUCCCUUGGAAUUAGCAAAAUGCGUCGGAAGAGGCAUGCCAUUAAAAACUUAGCACUGCGAUGGCUGAACAGCGUCAUUCCAUACGAAUUCAUCUACAGCGACUUCAAUGAACAAGAGGUGGCUAUCAUCAAGGCGUCGAUGGAUGAAUGGCAGGAGACGACUUGCCUCAAGUUCGUACCCGCCAGGCCGUGGCAUUACAACAAGAUACGAUUCCAACAGGGAACAGGAUGCAGUUCCCAGCUUGGUAUGGUCGGAGGUGCCCAGGCAAUCUAUCUGGAUUCCGCUGGUUGCAGAUGGCGUGGGUUAUUCCUUCACGAAGUAGGUCACAGCAUUGGUCUCGUCCAUGAGCACCAGCUCCCGAUGAGGGACAACUUCAUCUAUAUCCAGUGGGACAAGGUGGACCCAGUCAUGAAGGAAUGGUUCAAGAAGUACGAAUCGGACCGCAUCAACGACUACGGAGUCAGGUACAACCUGAGGUCCGUGAUGCAUUACGGUGUCACGGCUUUUUCUAGGGAUGGCAGGACAGAGACCAUUAAGGUUCUCGACCCUGACAUGCAAGGGAAAGUGGGACUAGUCAGGAAGAAGGAACUGUCCCACUCUGACAAACAUGUGGUCAACCUUAUGUACAAGUGUGGAGAACACUGCCCUUCCAAUAUCAAAUGUAUAGACGGCGCUUACUUGGAUAAGCACUGCCGGUGCGUGUGUGAGAACCCAAACAAUGAAUGCUACUUGAGCGGAGGAGCUCCGGUGGAAGAGGAUGAUGAGGACUGUGAAGACGCCUUUACCUACGAAGAAUGUAAGCGCUGGGCUGACUAUGGCGAGUGCUACCUGAAUUCCGUAUGGAUGGCACUCAACUGUAAGAAGACCUGCGGAAAGUGCCCCAAGGAAGCCAACAAAACAAAAGUUGAUGAUGGAUGCGAGGACAGCGACACGAACUGCAUUAAAUGGCAGAAGAUGGGAGAAUGUACAAAGAACCACAUCUGGAUGUUACAUCACUGCCCCAGGGCUUGUGGAAGGUGCGGACAAGCUGAAUGUACCAACCUACAUGGUGAUGACCAGAUGUGUGAAUUCUGGGCGAGCUCUGGUGAAUGUGAGAGCAACGCUGGCUGGAUGGUGGAAAAGUGUAGAAAGGCAUGUGACGGGUGCGCAAUACCGGGUGUGUGUGGGAAUCUCCAUCACAACGACACGGAAUGCAGGCUCUGGGCCGGGAAAGGGGAGUGCCUUUCCAACCCGGAUUGGAUGGGCCAGAAAUGCCAAAGGAGCUGCGGGUUAUGUGAGGACUCGAUCAGAAAUAGCUCAGCCGAAACGUGUAUCAAUUCAGCCAAUGAUGACAAAUGUGUGCAGUGGGCAGCAAAGGGUGAAUGUACGGCCAAUGCAGCCUGGAUGAUGAGAAAAUGUAGAAAAUCGUGUACCAAGUGUCUGUUCAUUGACGUUAAUGAUGAAGAAAAGUGUCUGAACACGUUCAUCGAUGACGACCAAUGUGACUCGUGGGCGAGAGCCGGGGAGUGUGACAGGAAUGCUGCCUGGAUGAGGGAACUCUGCACGAAGUCUUGUAAGAGGUGCAAGAAGCAUUUAAACAGUGACUGUAUCAACUACUAUAUCGACGAAGAAAAGUGUGACGACUGGCUAAAAAAAGGCGAAUGUUUGACGAAUGCUAUCUGGAUGGCUGCCAACUGUAACAGGUCCUGCUCCCAGUGUAAAGAGCGACGCCCCUGUAAAAACAAUUUCUCAGAUGACAAGCAAUGUGACGCCUGGGCAGAGAUCGGCGAAUGCUACGCUAACAGAGAAUGGAUGAUAGACAACUGUUAUGUCGCAUGUACGGACUGUGACGGUGGCAACAGAACCAGAGGACGUUCGUGCAUUAACCGAAAAAACGACGAUGAGAAAUGCGAUCUGUGGGCGGACCUUGGAGAGUGUACUCACAACCGAGACUGGAUGAUGUCAAAAUGUUACCGCUCCUGUAGCGAAUGUGACGGAAUCAGUAGAGAAAAUCUGUUCCCAUGUACGGUCAAGUUUAAAGACGAAGCGCUUUGCUGGAAAUGGGGGAAAGCCGGCCAUUGCACCUCUAACCGAAUCUGGAUGAUAAAGAACUGCCGAGCUGCUUGCAAAGAUCAUUGUAGCGAUUUCGCCCCGACAAUGAAUGCCACCGUCGAGGAGACAACUUCCGCAGGGAGAGUUACCACACCAGUACCAAUCACAACCACGACCACUCCGAGACAAGUCAUCACCACAACCACUGCAGCUACGACGACAACUUCCGAACCCACUACUACCACUACCACCACUACUACUACGACUACACCCACACCACGGACACAACCAGUAACCACAAAAUCUCCAUGUCGUCCCGUAUUUCACCUCCAACCGGGAAAAUCAGGAACAUCUGUUUUUGUUGUAAGCUAUAUUUGUCCAUCUCCAGACUGUCAGGAUUACUACUAUGAUCAACGGAUGUGCAGAGUCUGGGCGGCUGGGCAACAGUGCAAGAAGAACCCCACCUGGAUGAAUCCCAACUGCGCCAAGUCCUGUGGAAUGUGUCAGGUCGCCACAACGAGGAGCCCCCUAGUCGUUGGGCCAGGGGAUGAGGAGUUUGGUGUUGCCGCGGGGAGUGGUGCAUCGGAGGAGGAAGAGGAGGAAGACACUAGUUUAGUCUGUCACGAUAACAAUGGCGGUUGUGCUAGAUGGGCAAGCAGCGGUGCCUGUCGCUCAAAUCCUGGCUACAUGUACCUUAAUUGUAAACGCACAUGUGGUUUAUGUGAUCCAGCAAACUGCGUGGAUAAGAACCCUCUGUGUUCCACCUGGGCCCGCACGUCUGGUUACUGUACCAUCAACCACACAUACAUGAUGCCGAAUUGUCCAAGAGCGUGUGGAGUGUGUUCUUAGAUGUCCAAUAGAACCCUGGCCAACCGAUGUUCACUUGCUGUCUCCCCUGGUUUAGCCAGCUUUACGCGUCCAUGCACACAACUCGCAUAACUUCCAUCAAAUCGCAAAGAGGAGUCUUUAAUGGCUCGCGGCCGGCAUGGGGAAGGUUAUAGAACCUAUCUCGAAGCAACUCGUUGAUACCCACUUGUAGAUAAUAAAUUUGGAAGGUAUAUUCUUGUGAAAACGAAUUAUAUGAUAAUCAUGCAAGCUUCGACUAUUUUAUUAUGUGGGGUAUCCACCUUGAUGGUGACUUGGUUGGCGACGGUUUACAAUAGGGUGUGGUCAGUCCGAUUGUUCAAAACAAGUUGUGUCAUGAAGUUGGUGCAAACUUUCAUUAGGCGUUAACUUAACUAUCGUCUUUAGUCAGCAGUUUAUUAGACUGAGCGCAAGUUAGGCUUAUAGUGACCAACUCGUUUUAAACAACCGGGCCUAGGUCCUGACACACAAGUUCAUCUUGCAAUGCGACUAUUGUCCCAAUGAACACAAAAAGGUGAAAUUGAACCAUGUAUUAAACAAUAAAAGACUUUUAAUCUAUAA